CUGUUGACCAGUAGCUGGAGCGUUGUCAACGCAUUUGGACGCAUUUAAAUUUAAUUGCCUUUCGUUUUUACACUCAACUCGAACUGAAAUAUUUUGUGAAAAAUAGAUUUAUAAAUUAAAAAAAAAAAUUAAGAGGCGAUAUUAAAUAAAAUUUUGACCAAAAACAAAAAAAUAAAAGAUUAAUAAUAAAAAUAAAGAAAUUAUAAAUAUAAAAAAUAAUAAAAUAUAAAACCCAAAAAUUUAAAAUAUAUUUUUUUUCGAACAAAAGAAGUUUAUUCGCCUGCAACAUGUUGUGGCAGGAUGUUUUCGAUCAACAUAAUAAUCGUGGCGGUAAUAAAUUUUUCCCCUCGCCUUGGCAAAUUUUCACCUUAAUCAUAAUAGGCUGGUUCGCCGCUACCGGAAAUUGUGAAAUCGGUACCUUUGAAAAACUCGUAAUGCCCGACACAUACGUGAAUCGUAACGCCUCAGCAGCACCACAAGGACGCUCCUUCGCGCCACGUUCCUACUACGACGCUGGCACCGAAUGCACCGUCGGCACAGAGUGUACGCCACUACACGACUGCACGGCGAUGAUUUACGAAGUGGCGAAACGCUGUUAUUAUGGCGAUAAAUCGCUAUUUUGCGGUGGCGGCGAGGAGAUGCCUUACGUCUGUUGUCCGAGUAGUCCGCUUGAAAAGAAUCAGGUGUGCGGCAAAUCAUUAGUGCAAGGACACUUUUAUCGCGGACUCGGCACACAUCCUUUCGUGGCGCGUGUGGGUUUUAAGCAUAUCAAUACGGGCGCUUUUGCGUAUCCUUGCGCGGGCUCGGUCAUUGCUAGGCGCGUCAUUUUGACAGCAGCACAUUGUGCUUUAGCGAAGGCGGAAGGACAUCGGCUCUCCUCGGUGCGUGUGGGCGAAUACGACACUAGCAGCGAUCCGGAUUGUGCGACCACUGGUUUUUGUGCACCGCGCUCGGUCAAUCAUGCGAUUAGCCAUGUGAUCGUGCAUCCAGACUAUAAACAAGGCCAGUAUCAUCAUGAUAUCGCUUUGUUGGUGCUGAAAACGCCACUCAACUAUUCAGUCGCAACUCAACCGAUUUGUCUGCAAAAAUCACGCGCUAAUUUGAUUGUGGGUAAGCGUGCCACAAUCGCCGGUUGGGGCAAAAUGUCCACCUCGAGUACGCGUCAACCGGAAAUGGCACAUUUGGACGUGCCGCUGACUAGUUGGGACCUCUGUUUGCGUAAUUACGGCUCAACCGGCGCGCUGGAAUCACCCAAUUCAAUAGAGGGCCAGUGGAUGUGUGCGGGUGGUGAGGGUAAGGAUGUGUGUCAGGGCUUUGGCGGAGCGCCGCUAUUUAUACAGGAGAACGGCAUAUACUCGCAGAUCGGCAUAAUGUCAUUCGGUUCGGAUAAUUGUGGUGGCCUGCGCAUACCGAGUGUUUACACAUCGGUUGCUCAUUUUGCCGAAUGGAUACACGACAAUACGCCGCCGGAAUAAAAGUUGACUAAUGCGUUGUAUAUUAAAAAAAAAAUAUAUUAAAAAAUGUUCGUAUUGCUUAAGUGACGAUCCUUUAUGUGAUUUUGUGUUUA